CCACCAGGAGGCAUGAGCGUAAGUUUCAAAACGCGCUACUGGCGUUCGGUCUCUGAGACGCCUCACACCCACAGCUCGACCGAAGACGACAUGCCGAGACUCAGCUAUGGUGUCAGCUUGAGGAAGCGUCUCUUCAGACAGGCUUCCGUCUCCGGCAGCACCUCCACCAUCAACGACGACCUCCCCCAGCUAGUGCACGGAAGCUCCCGCAGGCGGCGCUACUCGAGCAGUAGCAGCUGGAGCUCAUCGUCUGCCUCGCCGAUGAAGGAACUACGAGGUUUAGCACCGAGUCGCUCUCGCAUCAAGGACGAUCGCGUCGUCUACCUCCGCACCCAGGGGGCGCCGUUCUCCAUCUUCUCGGUGCUCUCCUACAACAAGGCUCGCGAGCGCGUGAUCGUGCGCUGCGGUGGCGCUGCAUCGGUCGCCGCGGGCGAGGCGGCGGGGGGGCGCCGCCGACACGCGUCCACGUCGCGGAUGGACGGCAGCGACAUCCUCGCGAUGGCGGGCGUCGAGCCGACUCCGGACGACGACGAGGCGUCCUUCGCCGCCUACCUCGUGCCCCGCCGCCGCGAGUCCCACGAGGGGGCGCCGGCGGGCGACACCGACCCCGACGCCGCCGACCCCGCGGGCGACUACGAUCCGAGCCGGCUCGACAACCCGGAGCUGAUCGCGGGGCGGCACCGCACGACGCUUCGCUUCUGCUCGCACCUCGCGUCUGUCAUCGACUACGUUCGACCCGGCGAGCUGAAGGCCGAGCUGAAUGCCAAGUUUGCGGCGAGGCACCCGCGCAUUGAUCUCACGCUCAGCAAGCUGCGCAGCCUCAAGCGAGACGUGAGGCGCACGGCGGCCGACGCGGGGCUGGACUUGUACACGGUCGCCGCCGCGUACGUCUACUUCGAGCGCACGGUCCUUCUCGGCUGCCUGAACAAGGCGAACCGCAAGUUUGUCGCGGGAACGGCACUGCUGCUCUCGGCAAAGCUCAACGACUGCAAGGGCGAGCAGUUGACGGCGUUGCUAGGGGCGAUCGAGGAUCGGAUGCGCGUCGACAAGCGAGAGCUGCUCGCGUACGAGUUCCCGCUGCUCGUCGCGCUCAAGUUCGCACUGCACACGCCCGAUGCCGAGGUCUCGCCGCACUACCAGCGGCUGCUCUACGAGACGUGACCCCGCGCGCGUGAGACAUGAUGCCCGGCCCGAGAUGCGAUCCCGUGAAACACCCUUCCCCCCCAGCACCGCGAGAUGUGACCCCACUGUAACUUGACCCCUGACCAUUGUCUGACCUACAGUUUAUAACAUAGCAACACUUUACCCUGACUCAUGACAUGUGACCUUCGACCUACGAUGUACGACCUUCUACCUUAUCAGACACGACAUACAUUAUUGAAGGGGACCUCUGACCUGCUACGUUGUCGUAAAUUUUCUAAUAACAUAGAUGGCAAUACGUUGCUUGGCCCAAAGUAUUUUUAAUUCGCCACCUGCAUGGUGUACUAACGAUAGUGUGCUGCGUUGAUGCAGCGAUGUGUAAUUAGCGCUCAUGGUCAAGUACUGCAGAAAUGCUGCACAUGCCUUCGGUUGGGCAAGCAUGUACCCAGAUGCGCACACACACGUGCUCACACGCACGUGCAUGUGCGCACAUUUACUGGAAUGAUCGAGUAAAAUAGUGACUGACAGACAGGCGUGAAGGUAAUUGGGUAUUAUGUUCUCUAUCCGAGAUGCAGGGAGAAAGAAGACCAAGAAGACGGAUGUCACACAAAACACUUCUGUAUUUUAAAACUGCCAUUUGUCCGAGAGCACCCGGAUGUACAACGUAUUUAUUACGUCUAGUUUACACAGUGUUCUCAUUUGGAACCGGCCACCGGCCGAAUUGACCGUCUACUCUGCUGUUUCGGCCGGUUACAAUUGGCUCAAGUAUGAUAUAUA